UCGAAGUCUGAUCCAAAUUUGAUCGAGUAAAGAUAAAUCAAAAAAUUCUUCGAUAAAUUUUCGCUAAGCUCCCGAACUGAAAGAAAAACGUAGAUAAAAUUUUUCAAGUAGAAAAAUUACAUUGUAAGACUUGGAACUAUGGAUCUUAUAUCAGAGAUCAAUUUUGCAUCCUCAGCCUCGCUAGCUUCAGAGAACGUUAACAAUGGAGUAAACAACGACGCUAGUUCCCCAACUGGUAAAAACAACCACAGUUUUCUCAACAUCGACCAUCUAACGAAUUGCAGUUCCACUGGAGAUAUCCAACAACUAGUCGGGGGCAUCUCAAUUCCUCCCACAUCCAAGCAAGACAUCACUGGAAUCCAACAGAACCCGUCGGCAGUCUGCGAUUCUGCAUCGUUCACGAAUUUCCUCAUGUGUCCAGACAUUGGAUCCCAGUUUUGCUCCAGCGCCACUCAAAACUCAUUCAACGCUUGGAUCUCAAACCCACCCGACAAAACAAAUUCCGGGCUCAACUUUGGAACGUCUCCGUUCCAGACUAACACUUCCGCGAAUAAUCUGUACAACAAUGUUUCUUGUAUCCCUACCAGCGCGAAAUUUGAGUUCAAUACACCUUCGUUUGAUUUCAACGCGUACAACCCAGCAUCCGCUUGGGCGCCCCUGGAUAUGUACAGUAACUCAAAUAUGGCAGCUUCGUACCAAUGUCAAAGGAAUAUUUCAGCGUCGGCAUUGAGUGCGUGUUCACCGGCAAAGUUCGCAGCCACAUACCCGAGUAUAAAUGUGAAUGGAUUCUACUACCCCACGACUUACGCCACGCCAUACACUAGAUACUCGAGGAACCUUCUCACGAAAGACGGCGAAGAGUUAGACACGCGAGACAUAGCCCAGCGCAUCACUACAGAACUGAAGCGCUACAGCAUCCCUCAGGCAGUGUUCGCCGAGAAGGUUCUCUGUCGCUCCCAAGGGACUCUCUCCGAUCUCCUGAGGAAUCCGAAGCCGUGGAGUAAGUUGAAGAGUGGACGAGAGACGUUUAGAAGGAUGGGCAAGUGGCUGGAGGAACCGGAGUUCCAGAGGAUGGCCGCUCUCAGAAUAGCAGCAUGUAAGAAGAAAGAGGAGGAGCAGCAAGUGAUCUCUAAGCCAAAGUUGAGUAAGAAGAGCAGACUGGUGUUCACGGACAUCCAGAGACGCACUCUGAGAGCCAUCUUCCAGGAGACUCAGAGACCCUCUAAGGAGAGCCAGGUGCAGAUAGGGAAGCAGCUGGGACUGGAAGUGAGCACUGUCAGUAACUUCUUCAUGAACGCCCGAAGGAGGUGUGGCGAUAGGUGGAAAAUGGAUGACAACUGUGGGAGUAAAGGGGGAUCAGGGGUCAGACAGUCCCUGACAUCAGGAGUAGUCCAAGUUCCCCCGUCCCUACAACACCACACUCACACUCCCACCGCCAUCAACAUCACCACCGCCAAUAACCUCAACGUCAUCACAGGACUCAACUGUCCAACCAUUCCCACCUUAUGAUUUUGAUGAAAAACCAAGUGGGAACACUGUUUAUGACAACAAAACUGAUUCAGUUAAAUUAUCAAAACUCUAAUUGGAACACAAUUACCCAAGUUGACACAUUCCCUAUUUAAAUGUCGUUUAACAGUUCCUUGCUCAGUUAAAAAAGAAUUUCAAUUAUUAAAAAAAGAAUUUUG